UAGUUUUUCUCAGCCCUCGUCACCCCAAAAUUGAAAAUCAACGGUUUCUUCUCAAAUUCCCCUCCGGCCGCCAAUUGGUGUCGAGAAAACAUUUUCCGGUCUGCCAAGCAGAAUGGAGAAGCGACUCCGCUCCUCUCUCCGGUCCUCGCCGGAAGACUUCCUCUCCUCAGCAGCAAACCUAAACCUCAAAUCCUCAAAGCUCACUCUCAAAUCCCUAAUCCACUCCGUUUCGCUCUCCUCUCCAAUCGCCUCUUCUCUCCCUUCCGCCCUCCACCGCUCGAUCACCGACUCCAUCCUCUCCUUCCAGAACCUUCUAGAUCAUCCCGACCCCGCUAAGUCCCCUCCGAGUAAACGCCACCGCAGAUCGUCCCGGAGCUCGAAAUCCAGAUCCGAAGUCGAUUCGGAAAGCAAUGAAUAUCAGAAGCAGCAAGUUCUCGACCAUCUCCAUGUGUUCGCUCACAUCGCACGUUUAUGCGCAUUUCAUCCCGGAAAUGCGAUUUCGCACGCGGAGUUACUGCCGGCCGUUCGGGCAUUGCACGAUAACUUGAGAAUUUUUGAGUCGGAUGCGGUUCUGUCCAAUGAGAUUGCGAGUUUGUGCGAGGAGUGGUGGAAGGAGGACUUGCCGGAGCGAGAAAUGCUGGUUUCACAGACGCUGCCGUUUUUGCUUUCGAGGUCCUUGACCUUGCAGAAGAAGGUGGAUGUGCAUAGGGUUUAUUCACUAAGAGAUGCCUUUAAUUUGUUUGAUUUCGAGGAUGAGAGCAUCGAGGACUUGAAGAUGUUAUUGAUGAGGUGUGUGAUCGCUCCUUUGUAUUUGAAAACCGAGGAUGGAAGAAAAUUCCUGGCGUUCAUAUUCGGGUUGAGUUCGCAGCACGCAAAGGAGGCAUUGGCGAUGAUAAAGUCCCAAAUUCCAUUCGGAAGGAAGUCGAUGCUAGAGGCGUAUGGGGACGUUUUGUUUAGGGCUUGGAAAGGGCUUGAAGGGGAUUUAAGGAAUGAGAUUGAGGAUGGCUUUUUGCAGGGUUUGGUUGACGGAGCAAUUCAUGCGCGUUCUGAAGCAUUAGCUGCUUCUAUUAGAAGGGUUUUGGGAGGAUUUAUUAAUCAGAGGACCACAGAUGGGGUCGAGAAGCUCCUUUUCAGACUUGCUGAGCCUGUGAUAUUUAGGUCAUUACAGGUUGCAAAUUCUAAUGUUCGUCAAAAUGCACUGUAUUUACUAUUAGAUUUAUUCCCUCUCGAAGAUCCUGAUGUCACCAAGGAGGUUAAAGAUACUUUGCUCGAUAAACAGUUCUUUUUAUUGGAGAGAUUACUUAUGGAUGAUUGUCCUGAUGUGAGAGUGGUUGCGGUGGAAGGUUGUUGCCGCAUCCUCCAUUUAUUUUGGGAAAUAAUCCCUUCACCAACCAUUACUAAGAUGCUUACUAAAGUUUUUGAUGAAAUGUCCCACGACUUAUGCAGUGAGGUUAGGCUUUCUUCAUUAAAUGGCAUUAUUUAUUUGCUUGGCAAUCCACAAUCUCAUGAAAUUCUUAAAGUGCUUCUGCCAAGACUGAAGCAUCUAAUGCUCGACAAGAUACUUAUCGUUCGAGUUGCUUUAGUAGAUCUUCUCCUCCUUCUAAGGGACAAUUGUUCUUUCCAAUUUAAUAAGGUGGUGGAUUUAAGUGUCUUAUUGAAUACACUUGCAACUGAUCAAUCUCCAGUUGCACAAAAAAUUACAAGACUACUUCUACCAUCAUACUUCCCUUCAAGAUUAACAACUGAAGAGGCAUGCAAUCGCUGUGUUACUCUUAUGAUGAGGUCUCCCCUUGCUGGUGCAAGGUUUUGUGAAUUUGCUUUAUUAGAAGGAGCAUCUCCUAAGUCACUGAUGCAACUUGUAAAGGUUUUUGUUGGUUUGAUAUUGUCCAAUAAAAAACUAGAAGCAGCUCAGAUUGAGGGUUUACUGGUUGCUUCAUCCAACAUUUGCAGCUAUCUAGUUACUGAGCCAAGCCAACGAGAUGCCCUCAAAGAGUUAUUUUCUGGUGAAAAAGUUAAGUGUUUAUUUGCUGCUGCAUCUGCUGGGCGAGCUCAAUCUUCUAUUUUUAACAUUGCAUCAACAUUCUCCUCAGAAAAUGGUGUUUCCCUCCUUGAAGAUUGUAUGGGCCUAGUUACUGACUGCAGUGAUUUAUCCAAAAAUGUGGAAAAGCAAGCUGAAGUUAGGUCUGCCCACAAGUUAUUGGUGUCUUGUGAUGCCUUAGAUGACAUGCUUGAAGUUCUAACAAGGCAUUUGCAAAAAACAGCCUACCGUUGCCAUAUUAAGUUUGGCACGGAAGUGUCAAAACAGAGUCCUUUUUCUGUAAAAAGAAAGAAAUGCAAGGUCAAGAAUGCUAAAUGGAAACAUGUGAGUGGGAAAAAAUCAUCCAAUUUUGAGGAUGAUUAUUCAGUUGCAGUAGGAAUAUCCUGGCAGAUAAAAGACUUGCUUGCUUUGGAGGACACUAGGAAAGCAAUUUUAGGCUCUCAGGCUAUGGAUCAUGUAUUUGCUGCUUUGAAGGUUUUGUCAGAGGUCAGUAUUGUGCAGUGCAUGAACUGUGAAUAUAUGGACCCAUAUCCAAUCCUGGCAUACACUGGCCUUGCUCUGCAUAUGGCUGACUCUUCAAGAUCAACUUCAGAGGCCAUGCUGGACCAGGUAAUUAAUCAUCUGCUUGUUUGUACGGACAAACUCUUUGGAGCAGGUGACUCAGGGAUGCCUGUCAAAUCACCUUCUGAUACUAAGCAGGAAAAUGGCAAUAGGGCCCGUCAUCGUGGAUCAAGGCACAGAGAACCUAAAAAAGAUGCCUCUAGCUCUAGUGAAAGUGGAUCUGUCAACGCUAAACAACAGCAGACAUCGAGUAAGGUGAAGGUGCUUACUGCAGUUCUCAAGUUCAUCAUUGAUUCUAUUGCAAUGGAUUUUGUUCCCCACCUCCAUGGUAGUUGUUUAAAGUUUACAUCAGCACACACACAAAACAUUAUCUCUGCCAUGCAGCUAUUAUCAAUCAAUAAACCUCAGCUCAAGGAGGAGAAUUCAAAGGAUAUCAUUAUGUGUCUGAGGAGCUCCUUCAGCUAUGCAGCCAAGUUGCUCAAUCUAGUUCUUAAAGCCUCCAGUGAAGCGUCAGAACCUCCUAAUGAAGCUUUGAAACUUGUCAAUGACUUGCUCGAUCUAACUGCCUCAAGUGAAUUGUAUUUGGGCUCAAGUUGCACAUCAAGCCUCAUUACAGCAGCAAAGCCUUGGGUGCCCGAUCUAAUUCUUGCACUAGGAUCAGCAUGCAUGCUAAAGCAGAGUCAAGCUGAAGAGGCAUAUUCGACUGUGUCUAGUCUCAUUAAGCUUGGAUUCCCUUCAUGGCCUCAAAUUUUAGCCAAGAUUGAGCUCUCUGAAACAAGUGAAGGUAGUCUGGAAGAGGAAGGGGAUCACAGCAUUUCUGAACCUGAUGAAUUCUCUGGUUUUAAGAGACUUAUGGAAACCAUAGUAUCACUUUUAAAAGGAAAAUCCAACUUACUGGAUGCAGUUGGGUUGAUUUUAUUGACCUGCUCUGUUGUUGGACUUGAACGCAAGGACUUUGGAUUGGUAUUGGGACUACUGCACUUUGUUUGCGUGAAAUUGAUCGGACAAGAAAACAAAGAAUGGAAUGGACUUGAUAUGAUGCUGGUUUCUCUGCCAGACAUCUACCCUCAUAUAGAAAGAGAAAUGGAAGAGCAGAGUCACGAAGAAGAAAGGAAUAAACUGCAAACUGCCAGAGCAUUGCUGGAACCUGUUUGGAUGUAUCAUGUUUAUGAAACCGGAAGGUUUUCUGUGAUGGAAGAAUAAGUAAAUCUUUACUGUUAAUAUCUUAUUAUUAAAUGUAAAGAAACUGAUGAAUGGCAAUGAAAACGGGGAGGUUUCCUUUUACUUCUUUUUUUAAUGGAUCAAUUUCAGCAAUCAAUUUAGUUAAGAAGU